AUGCCUGCUCAAGUAGAUAGAAGGUUCAAAAGACCAGACAUUCAUGAGAAUACAGCUAAUAAUGAGUACAAUCCAUCAUAUGGUGUAAAUGCAGUUUCUUCAUUACCCUCGGUGGCAAUGAGAAUAAGAAAGGCAGUUAGUGAAGGAUACAAGACUGAAGACAAAUCUUUAACUAACGAUGGCAAUACCACCAGUUUCCCAAGAGUCAGCUUACCAAAUCAUUUGCUUAAUAAUCCACCAUCAGCGGUUUCUUAUGAAUCUACCAGAACUUUAUCAAAUUUGGAGGAAUGGGAUAGUUACUACAAGAUCAAUAAUGCGCCUAUUCAAACAUUGGAAUCUUUUAGCCAGGAGCCAAAUUACAUGAAGAGAAAAUUAGAGUACGAUUCUGGUGCUCACAUGGAGCCUGAAAUAGUUCAGUACCAUGCAAAAUAUGGAGAGUUGCAUUUUAAUGAUGAUUUUUGA